GUUUUGAGUGACUACAUUGGGACUCAUAAAUAUGGUACUAACACAUACUAUUGUUAAUUGAAUUGGAACUCUGCCGGUCCACCUUAAAAACUCGACGUCAUCAUUGUAGCCCCGCCAUCAGUGAGGUAAGAGGAAGUAGAUGGAAAUAGACGGGCCGAAAAGACAGUCACACAACAGCUGGGUAACAAAAAUCACUCCCUAAACCUCCGAACCUGGUCUUAGUUCUUAAAUUUCAGAGUCCCGAUGGUGCAGUAACGGAAGACACAUCAACAUGGUGAACACAUGGGAUCGUCUGUCAAAGCUGCUCAAAGUACGACUGUCACUUUUCGUCUUUCUUCUCGCUCUUGUUGUCUCCUCCGGUGACGCCAGGCUUGAACGGGCACGACGCCUCAGCGCCGCCACCGAGGAAACGGCAGAAACUUACGACAGAUACUACAAUUAUGUAAGCCUAACGGGACUUUUGCAGUCUUUGUUGCAGAAAUAUCCUCACAUUGCCAACCUGUCGAGCAUAGGUCAGUCUGUGGAGGGGAGGGAGCUGUGGGUGAUGCGGAUCACCACGGACCCUAACGCAGACAUACCGGGGAAACCUAAAUUUAAAUACGUGGGUAACAUGCACGGCGACGAGACGGUGUCCCGGCAGGUGUUGGUGUACCUGAUAGAAUACCUGCUGGCGAAGUACGGCGAGGAACCGCGCGUCACCGAGCUCGUAAACACAACGGAUAUCUACAUCAUGCCCAGCAUGAACCCGGACGGAUUCGAGAAGUCCAGAGAGGGAGACUGCAAUGGCGACUACGGCGGGCGACACAAUGCCAAAGACGAAGACCUCAACAGAAGCUUCCCCGACCAGUUCGACGGGACAACUGCCUCUCCAGAUAACGUACCCGAGGUCCUGGCCAUGAUCAGAUGGAUCCAGAAUGAAAAAUUUGUGCUGUCAGCGAACCUGCAUGGUGGCACUGUGGUUGCCAGUUACCCUUAUGAUGACUCGGCUGUCCACAAGCAACAGGGCCACUAUAGCCAAUCAGAGGAGGACAGUCUGUUUCGGUACUUGGCACUGGUGUAUUCCCGGAAUCACCCUGUGAUGAAGACUGGUGAGCCCAACUGUCCUGAUGCCAUGGAAGAAACAUUUAAAGAUGGCAUCACCAAUGGGGCACAGUGGUAUGAUGUGCCAGGAGGGAUGCAGGACUACAACUACCUCCAUGGAAACUGUCUGGAGAUCACUGUUGAGCUGAGCUGCUGCAAAUAUCCCCCUGCUACUGAGCUCCAUAAGGAAUGGGAUCUCAAUAGGGAAUCCCUACUUGCCUACAUGGAAAAGAUACAUAUGGGUGUUCGUGGAUAUGUGACAGAGGCCAUUAGUGGUGCUGCCCUCUCCAAUGUUAACAUUGUGGUGGCAGGCAUUCACCACAACCUGACCACCAGGACAUAUGGGGACUACUAUCGCCUACUGCUCCCAGGAAUAUACAACAUUACAGCUGUGGCCCCAGGGUACACACCAAUGACCAUCCACAGUGUCCUGGUCUUGGAGGACAAAGCCACUGAAGUUAACUUUACCUUGGCACCUGUGGUCAGUGAGCCUUCAGGUACCAUUGCAGUGCCUACAUCCUCCACGACAACCAGCCGGGAUUCUACCACCACCACCACUACCACUAAACCUUCUGACUCCGCCCAGAUGGGAGGAACUGCUGCUGAAGAGAACACGGACAAGCUGCUCACACCUACACCUGAAAACCAGCCCAUCCAGCCCCAGGAAUUUCGACAUCACAACUAUGCAGACAUGGAACUCUUCUUACGGAAGUACAGCAGCGAGUUUCCCUCUAUUGCCCAUCUUUACUCUGUUGGCCGCUCUGUUGAAGAGCGCGAGCUCUAUGUGAUGGUGAUCUCAGACAACCCCACUGUUCAUGAGCAUGGUGAGCCAGAGUUCAAGUAUGUGGCCAACAUGCAUGGUAAUGAAGUGGUGGGCCGAGAGCUGAUGCUCAAUCUCAUUGAGUACCUAUGCAGUAACUAUGGUACCGACCCGGAGGUCACGCAGUUGGUCAACAGCACCCGCAUUCACAUCAUGCCCUCAAUGAACCCUGAUGGCUAUGAGGUAGCUGUUGAAGGUGAUGUCAAGGGCUACAAAGGGCGCAACAACAGCAACAAUCUUGACUUGAACCGUAACUUCCCUGACCAGUUUACAACCAUCACAGAGCCCAGACAGCCAGAAACUAUAGCUGUGAUGAACUGGGUGAAGAGCAUUCCCUUUGUCCUGUCAGCCAACCUCCAUGGAGGUUCCUUGGUGGUCAACUACCCCUAUGAUGAUGACAAAGAAGGAAUAAGUCGGUAUAGUCAGUCCCCUGACGACAAGGUCUUUCAGCAGCUGUCCAGAGUGUACGCGCAGGAGAAUCCUCUGAUGCACAAUGGACACCCUUGUAAGGACCUGUACCCUGAUGAAUAUUUUGAUGAUGGCAUCACCAAUGGUGCAAACUGGUACAAUGUUCCUGGUGGAAUGCAGGACUGGAACUACUUAAACACCAACUGUUUUGAGGUGACCAUUGAAUUGGGUUGUGUGAAGUAUCCCAAGGCCAAGGACCUGCCUAAUUACUGGGAACAAAACCAAAGAUCCUUGCUUCAGUUUAUACACCAGGUCCACACUGGAGUAAAAGGCACAGUCUCUGACAGUGAAGACGGCACAGGAAUCCCCAAUGCCACUAUUUCUGUGGCAGAGAUAAACCACAACAUCACCACAGCCCGUACUGGAGACUACUGGAGACUCCUGGCACCAAACACCUACUCUGUCACGGCCUCUGCACAUGGGUAUAUUCCCGUGAGAACCUAUGCCACAGUCUCAGAAGCGGGAGUGGAGGUGGUAGACUUCCGGCUGACCCGUUUACACUUGGACUCCAAAGGCCAGAAUCAAAACGGACCCCAACCCACUCAGAACCCAUCCGAGAAGGAGCUGCAGAGCUUAAUCAAGGAACUGUCACUUGACCAGGGUUUGGAGCAGUUGGUCAAGAGCACAGCCACAGAAAGCAGCUUCCGCUACCAACGCUACAAAGAACUGUCUGAAUUCAUGAGGGGCCUCACUCUUAAUUUUCCAAAAAUCACAUCUUUACGCAGUUUGGGCCAAAGUGUGGAGUUUCGAACAAUUUGGGCUCUGGAGAUUUCUAACAAACCGGGGGAACCUGGACUAUCUAAACCAAAGAUCCGCUUUGUAGCAGGGAUCCAUGGCAACGCCCCAGUGGGCUCAAAGCUCCUGCUUGAGUUUGCGACCCUUCUGUGCAUCAAUUAUGGCAAGAACCCAGCCAUCACCAAGUUAGUCAAUGAGACCCGGAUCGUCAUCGUGCCAUCUGUCAACCCAGAUGGUAGAGAACAGGCUGUUGAGAAGCAGUGCACUUCUACCAAGGGUUUGACCAACGCUCGCGGAAAGGACCUGGACACAGACUUUUUUGGCAACGCUUCACAGCGUGGGGAGGAGGCUCAACCCGAGACCAGAGCGAUGAUGGACUUGAUUCGAGAGAAAAGCUACACUCUCUCUGUCGCCCUCGAUGGAGGCGCCCUUGUUGCCACCUACCCUUAUGACAAGCCUGUCCAGUCUGUUGAAAAUGAGGGCACAUUGAAGUACUUGGCGAGUGUUUACGCCAACAACCACCCCAAGAUGCACCUUGGGGUCACUGGAUGUUCAAGUAAUGGGCAGACGGGCAACAUCCCUGAUGGAGUAAUGAGGGCAGCAGAGAGACAAAGCCACAUGGGAAGCAUGAAGGAUUUCAGUAUGGACUUUGGCCACUGUCCAGAAAUCACCGUGUACACUGGCUGCUGUUUGUUCCCUCCUGCUGAGCAGCUGGCCACGCUCUGGGCUGAGAACAAGAAGUCUCUCCUUAGCAUGUUGGUGGAGGUGCAUAAAGGGGUGCGUGGCACCGUGAGGGACAAGAGUGGGAAACCUAUUGUUGGGGCAGUCAUUGUACUCAACGGGGGUGUGAGAGUGUUUACUAUGGAGGACGGCUACUUCCACGCGCUGCUGGCUCCUGGCAACCACAUUAUUGAAGCCGUUGCCGACGGCUACCAACAACAACGUCAAGAGGUGGUGAUUUCUUCUUAUGAAGCUGCAAGCACCAUUAACAUUGAGUUUGACAUGGACAACAGUAUCUUUGGACUGCCCAGAGAGUUUGUGGUGGCCAGUGCAGCGGCCUCCAUGACGGCACUGGUGGUGACCGCGUGCAUCAUCUGGUGUGUGUGCGCAGCCAAGUCUAAUCGUCAGAAGGACGGUUUCCACCGCUUGCGACAGCACCGGGAGGAAUACGACGACGAAAUCCGGCUCACGUCUAUGGGCUCCAAGAAGUCGCUGCUCGCCCACGAGUUUCAGGACGAGAGCGAAAGCGACGAGGAGACGCUGUACGCCAACAAACUCUGAGACCGGCUGGCGUCCUUUUUGCUAUUUUGAUUUCCCUCUCAAGUCAAUUACUUCAACCAUCGAGAAACAGGUGGAACUUUGAGGAGCGUCCCUCUCUGUUUUUUUUACGACUGAUACACAAGUGAUACACUUAUUUUUGUUAAGGCAACAAGCUCUGAGCACUCAACUUCUGGUCACAGUUAUUAGUGCGUCUAAAUUAAUAUUUCACAGAACAUGAUUGUAUCGAGACUGAAGAGCUUGUUUUUAUUUAAAUUGUCUUUCUGGAUCUCUGCCAGACUCUGAACCAAGCGAUAGGGAGAGAGUGAUAAAGGGGUCGAAGAAAGAGUCAGUCCUGUACCUGUUAUCCGUCCUUUUGACUGGUUUUUGGGUCCUGCUUUUUCUUUUUUUUGUCCCCACGCCGCUGAGUGCUCUUGAAGACCAACACCUGUCCUGCCAUUCUGAGGAGGUCAAGCCGUGAAGUCCAAAUAAAGUCCUUGUUUAGUGGAUGGGUAACAAACUCUUGAUGAAAGUGCUUAUUCUCACCCCCGCACUUCACCAUGCCUUUCUUUUACUACUGCUUUGAGCUACAAAGUUGAACAUUAAUUUGGAUCAUUUUCAAGACACCACUGCUACUUUUAAGUGUCCGAGCCUUUGGGGAGACUUAAUCCAGUACUGUGCCUUGGCUUUUGUAAAGUUUACAGCCCAUUCUGGCGGCAGUAUGUGACGGAAAGUAGCAACAUAGGAAAAUAGCGUCCUAGUGAAUAGAUAAUACCCAGUCCGUGUGGGAGUUUGAUCCUUCCGAUACUCAGGUGGUAGGAAUAUAGAGAAAUUAGGAUUUGAAAAGACUGCACAUUUCCACUGUUGCACUGUUUCUGCACAGAUGACUCCAGGUUGACUGACCUGAUAUCAGUAGGUUUGUGUAAUGCGAUCCUCUCAAAAGCUGUUUAGAUGGUCAUGUGCACUAAUUGAAAAGCAAGUAUCAUGUCAUCAUUGGCCAAGAAAAAAAAAAACUAUGAGUCUCUAAUACAAAAUGAUUUUUCUUUAUGAUUGGACAACUUCAUUCUGGACAGAUUGAGAUGAAUGAAUAUCACAUUGAGUCUGUGACCUGUUUUGAAUGUUAAUUUUUACUGUUUCUAUAAUCUCAUAAGGAAUAUUAUGUUUUCUUGUCUUGGGGCUUUUUUUGUGUGAUUUCCCACUUCACUAUGCUUUGAAAACAAGUCAUCGCAGCUUUUUCCAUCCAUUCAUGUCUUUGUGUCUUCAGAGCCACCUAUAUUACAUGAUUUUAACAUGCAACUAAGAUUUUGUUUUAAUUUCAAAACAAAGCAAACGUGGGUCAUAAUCCAUUUGACUUUGAAGUGCAACUUGACAGCUUAAAGAAUUAGAGAAAAACAUAGGACAAAAGGUGGGGACACCCUGGACAAUUUGCCAGUCCAUCAUCGGGCCAACACACAGAGAAACAACCGUCCGCUCUCACACUCACACCUACAGUCGUUUUCGAGUGUCCAAUUAACCUCUGUGUGUUUUUGCAAUUUUGCACAUGGUUAUUUAGAUAUCAAGUGGCUCUUAUACUGGAAAUGCUGUGCACAUUGUUCUCCAUUCAUACUUAUUUUGCUCUAACAAAACUGCCUUGGUUCCCUGUUACUUUAGAAGAUUUUUUUUUGUCUCUUUUUUAAACAGCCACAGCUGUCAGUCAAGUCAGACCCAGUACCUGUGUGGAGACUUUUGUAUAUUUUUAUUUUCUAUGUCUGUGAAUAUUUGUGAAUGAACUUUGAAAGUUGAGCGCAUGUUGGUGUCUUUGCAGACUUGGUGUGAAGAUUUUAUAUCAACCAGGAAUCAACUGUAAAUAGUGUUUGGCAAUUGUGAUGGGGGGGGGCAAGUGCAGUUCAUGUGAACCGUGAAUCUACACACAACAAAACAUUUCAUAAGAAUCUCUGUGUGAUCAUGACAUGCUAACAAACACAAAGACACCCUCAAAAUAAAUCCUUUCACAAUGUGA